AUGACAGAUACUCAAAUCGAACAACCAAAAUCUAAUGAACAAACACCUCAUCCUUCUUUGGAAAGUAAUCAAACUCAACCACAACCAACUAAACCAGUUAUUGGAUCAGAUGGAAAAGCUAUUCUUCGAUUUAAAGGAAUAAAUAUCCCAGGAGGAAAAGCACUCCCAAAAGGAUAUAAAAUGUCAAAAGAUAAAACAGUUGAACACAUUAUUUUAUUUAUAAAUAAACAAUUAAGAGAUACAACUACUACCUAUAGGUUAUACUUUAACAACUGUUUAUUAAAUCCUGAUGAUACCAUUGCUGAUUUACUAAGAGAGUUUCAAGUUCAAAAACCAGAGAUUGAACUAACCUUUUCACCUAUUGAUAAUGUCUUUGGUUAA